UUCCAGGUUUGCCAUUUGAUCGGCAUCGAUGGUACGUUUCCGCUUUUCCGCACUCGCGAAUCGUCUACUUCCGGUGCCUGAGUCUGCACUGCCAGAGGUUGGAUUAUCGCAACAGAUUAGUGUGCCCAACAAAAUACUUCGAGAAUGUGAUGUGGCUGAUGUAAAGUGGAGCGUCGGUCUCAGCGGACAAGAUUGUCAACAACUUGGGUCAUUGCAUACAAGCACUAAAGCUUCCACUGUUCCUGAAUUAACCGUCGGUGGAGGACCUGUUGGCGGUGGUAUUGCUGGAAAGAAGCCACCUCCUGUACUUGAAUGGAAUCCGCUUGUUCAUACUGAAUGGCAACUUGGUGUAGGAGGGCGUCUGUUACCGAAACUACCGGAAGGGACAAGAGUGGGUAAGCUUGUGAUGGGUAAAUAUGGUCUUUACAAACCGGGAUUGCAUGAAAUAGCUCAGCAGUUCUUUAUUAACACUGAGUUGAAAGGUAUGGCACCUGAAAAUGCGCUACCUUUGUCUGCUCUUCUUAGCAAGAUUGGUAAGAUACUGAUGCUGAUACCAAUAAUAUCAGUUCUUCUCAAUAUUCCGACAUUAAUUGCACAAAAACCAGUGGGUAUUUAUGCAGGAUAUAUACCACCAGGUCGAAGUUAAUAUUCAUCUUAUUUACUGUGACUCUAUGUAUUCUAUUACCAAGUCAGUAAAGUUAUAUUUGCACCGUUUUGUGAAGAGACUGAAGUGGUUUUAAUGUUCCGAAGUGUUAAGUUUUGGUUCAUUAGCCAAGAGUCCUAAGUUAUUUAGCACAGAAAGAAGGGCGUGAAACUUUUUUUGCUUAUAUCGAACUCUGCAACUUUUCAAAUAGGGCUGUUGUAGAGUGGGUCCUUCAUUAGUUUUUACAUAGAUUAUUAUAAUUCUUAUUCGUUAAGAUGCUGUCUGUAUUCUAAUGUGUAAAAGUUCCAAUGGCUCAGUUGUUUUCAUAUUCUUUCAUAGUCGACGACUGAGUUAUACUGGUAGUAUUUUUUCUAUUUUAUAUGCAGUUCGCCUUACUGUGUCAUGUCUGAAAUAAAAAAUUUU